GGCGGGGAAGGGGGGAGCCGCUGCCGUCACCGAAGGCUCCCGGCUCGCCCGCUUGGCCGCCGCGGCAGCCCCAGCCCCGCUCCCACCCCCUCGCCUGCCCCCACCCUCUUUGCCUUUCUCUCGCUCUCUCGGCGAGAGCAGUGUGCCUCCCUUCGCAGAUGGCAGCCGGCAGCGCCAUGCAGCCUCCCGUUCCUCCUCCUCCUCCUCUCCGGCUCUAAGUCAAUGCCAUGCUGCCGCUGCUCCUCCCGGCACUGCUGGCCGCCUGCCUGCCGCCCUGCCAGGGCUGGAGCCCCUCGGCGGCUGCCAGCGGGCAGGAGGAGCCGGAGCAGGAGCUCUUCUUGCCCCCCGUCAACUCUUCCUCCCGCUCCUUGGCCAGCCUCGAGAUGGACCUCGACGGGGCAGGAAGCAAGGAGGAAGGCAGCACCAGCAGCCCGGGCACGCCGGCUGCCGCUAGCCAAGAACCUUUCCCUUCGGCUCCCACCUCCUCCGGGCAGCAGCACCAGCAGCGUCCUCAGCCGCAGGGGCAGCCUCAGCCCGCCGAGGACCCGCACUGCAAUAUCAGCGUGCAGCGGCAGAUGCUGAGCUCGCUGCUGGUGCGCUGGAGCCGCCCGCUGGGCAUCCAGUGCGACCUCCUGCUCUUCUCCACCAACAGCCACGGCCGGGCCUUCUUCUCCGCCGCCUUCCACCGGGUGGGACCGCCGCUGCUCAUCGAGCACCUGGGGCUGGCGGCCGGGGGCCCUCAGCAGGACCUGCGCCUCUGCGUGGGCUGCAGCUGGGUGCGGGGCAGGCGGGUCGGGCGCCUGCGGGGCGCCGCGCCCCAGAACGCAGCACCCGCUCCCGCCGCCGCCGCCUCCUCCUCAUCCUCAUCCUCCUCUUCUUCGCUCUCCUACCCGCCGGCGGCGGAGCCCGGCCAAUACUGGCUGCAAGGGGAGCCGCUGAAUUUCUGCUGCCUGGAUUUCAGCCUGGAGGAGCUGAAGGGGGAGCCGGGCUGGCGGAUGAACCGCAAGCCCAUCGAGUCCACCCUGGUGGCUUGUUUCAUGACUUUGGUUAUCAUCGUGUGGAGCGUGGCCGCCCUCAUCUGGCCGGUCCCCAUCAUCGCCGGCUUCCUGCCCAACGGCAUGGAGCAGCGCCGGAGCACCUCCGCCGGUACCGGCACCACCACCACCACCACCACCGUCGCCGCCAAGUAGCCUCUCCCGGUGAUUUACCCCCCUUUCUCUUCGUCGUGUAGUGUGGAGGGACGCGGGAAGGCCGCCUCCCGCCGGGCCGGACUCCGCCGUGUUUUUGUUGUUUUAAACAUGUCAGGGAUGCCGCCGGCCCGGGUUAGCGUGGGGUGUGGGCGGAUGCCUCAAGGUCCGGUCCGUCCUGAGGGGGGCAAACCCAUCUUGAGUGGAGCGGGGCCCGUCCUGAGGGGGGCAAACUCGCCCUGAGGGGAGCGGGACCGUCUUGAGGGGAGCGGGACCGUCUUGAGGGGAGUGGGUCCAUCCUGAGGGGAGCGGGGCUGCCCUGAGAGGGCAUCACCCGCCCUGAGGCGAACAGUGCUGCCCGGAGGCGAACAGCCCCGCCUCGUCGCCGCGGAGACAACCAAAUCCUCUGUGCUCGUUUUAUAUGUUUAAUACGCGUUUUAAACAAACCUUUUAGUAAAAAAAUAAAUACUUAUACAUAAUAAGAAAAGAAAAAAAAA